UGCACAAAGCCUUUCCUUCUCCUUUAAAACUGCUGAUGUCACAAAGGGCCCAUAUGUUCGGCCAGUGCAGUAUGGAUGAAAUUGGAGACUUCCACACCAAAUAUUGCAAUGUAUAGCCAAUGCAGCGCAAUAUUUCCUUUUCAAAUUUAAGUUUAUAUAUGGUUAUUUUCUUCAAAACUACUUCACUUUACUAAACACCCCACAUGGGUUCCAGUGCGUAGAUACUUUAUUAUGAUAAUAGUGUGCCUUGAAUUCAUUUUUAAUUCAAAUUCAGCUGUUAGUUUAGUUUGCCCCAUCAGCAGAAGAAGUUGUUUUGCUCAGGGAGGGCUGGGAGUAAAAUAUUGUGCAGGGCAUGCAGUGCUGUGAAACAUUGAGCAUUUAAACCACAAUUUGGUGGGACAGGGUUGUAGUAUGUUAAAGGUUGCUGGCUGCUCAGAAAAUAGCCAGCUGUGGCUAUGUAUUCUGUACUCUGGAUACAACAGAUAUAUGCUCAUUUGAAAUAAAAACAUUCUGCCGAUGACUUGCUUCAGAAUGUCCAAUGUAGCACGAUGGACUAAGGCCAGAUGGGGAUGUCAGGCAGAGUAGCAAAUAUAAGUCAAGACUAAACUUUGUCAGAAAAGGAAAGGUGCUCUUGAAGGCUUUGACAUGGAGAUAUUUUUUACAAUCAUAUAUACUGUAUGAAUAAAAAUGGUGAUGUGUUCUAAUGCCACACACACGCUUAGCACACACACUGCACUCCACCUGAGCAAGUCUGUUGUUUCACAUAAUUAUACCCCUCUAGUCUGAUGUAAUAUCGAAACCUUCCUCCUCUUGGGACAGCAGGCGCAGCUGCCAAUUGCUAAGAAAUAGUGACCUUGUGCUUAAGUGCUGUUAUUGUGACAUUACAGGAUGUCAAACAACAUGGCAAAAAUUGCGGAGGCUCGAAAUGCUGUGGAGCAACUGAGAAUGGAAGUGAAUAUAGACAGAAUGCAGGUGUCUCUUGUGGUUUCAGAUAUUCUGUCAUUCUGUCAGUCUCAUUCUCCGGCAGACCCGCUGGUGUCUUCCAUUCCAUCUGCUGAGAAUCCCUUCAGAGAGAAACAUCUCAUCUGUGCUGUACUUUGACCUUGACUCUAUUAUGGUGUCCUCUAGAUACAAUACAAUUAAACAUGCUGGUUUAUUCAGUAACGUCUUUUUAUUCUUGACCAGCUCUGUGUGACCAACUUUAAAAAUAUUAAAUGUCCUGUGUAUAGAUUUGAUGAAAAAUUAAAAAAAAAAAAAAAAAAGAAUUUCUGUGUUGUAUGUAAUUUACGAUUUUUUAUUGGUCUUUCAGCAGCAUGUGAUAAAAUUCUAAAUAUUCUCAAUUAUUGGCUAUUAAAUUCCAGAAAAUAUGGCAUUUAUAUGUUUUCAUUGGCAUUUUUCUCAUUACAUUGUAAUAAUGUGUAUUUCCAUGCUGCACAUAGACAAAGCAUGCACUAAGUCCUGGACACAGUUCUUUGGUUGUAAGUCUUUUUCACAGCCAUGUAUGUGACAAGGAGAUUCAACAUUUUGGGGGGUAGAACUUACCUUCCUCAUGAAGAAACAGUUUAAGUGGUUUAAGUGUCAGAUCUAUUUCCUAAGCAUUUUAUAUGAAAAACUAAUGUCUUCAGUUUCCCUUUGAAGGCACUUGCUGGGCAAUGUCUGCAGCACAGAUAUUUCUGAUGAUUUUGUCAGUACAUUUACAUUGCUUGUAGAAUAUGAACAAUGGCAUAAUAAAGCUCCCCUGGCACUGUACAGUAGAACAAUGCAAAAAUCAC